GCUAGCCCUAAAGAGAGUCGCCCUCUGGCGAACGCGAGGAGCUAUGCAAUGGUGUCCGUGGCGAUGCUUCGAAUUCCUACGUGAUUUUCUUCCUGGGGAGAGAUUCCAGUCCGGUGCCAUGGGCGGAGCUUCCUCCACACUCACCGAUGAGCAAAAGGAGCUACAGAACUUGCGGAGUCGCCUGGGGCGAGAUUUCGAGCUCCUGGCCAGCGCAUUCUCGCGCUUGACGAAAUCCGAGGGUCCAAACGCUAUUCACGAAUCAAAGCUCGAGAGAUGUUUUGGCAUGGAAGUGGGACGCAUCAAAGAUCUUCCCGGCGAAGAAAGCUCAGAUUUAAAAUCCUUGCUCGAGAAUUUUGGGUCGACCCUCACGGCGGUGGCUUUCAAGCCCGUGGAAGGAUACGUAAGUUGGCCAGGUUUUCUCAAAGGCUACGAUGGUUGCUGCCAGCAAAAUUUAGUGUCUACGAGACUGAGAUUUCUACUGCUUUUCGUGCGCAGCCUCAAGAGCCAAGGGAAGAAGAGUUCGUCCGAGACUUCCAGUGAUCUGGACGAGAACUUGGAAGGUCAGGUUUCUUCCCGAGAAUUCCGAGACGUUCUUUGGCUUUGCUGGCUGAUGACUUUCUACAAAAGGCUAAGCAACGGGAUUGAAUUGCCGGUUGUGGAGCCUCUCGUCCGAGGGGCAUUCCAAGACAGCGAGAAAGUCCCUCUCAAGGAUUUAUACUCGUGGAUGCUUGCUACUAUUCCAAGUCUUGGCAACGUGUUCGUGGAUUACGUCCAGUACUGCUUGUUUCAGGACGAGGACACCGAAGUGAAAAGCGGCCUCUCUCACUUGCCUGGACACUUGACACCAGGAAGGCUAUGGUCUCUAGCACUGGCUCUCAAAGACAAGACUGGAGACACUCUCUUGUCAGCGUGUUUGGAAGAUUCAAUUACUCUCCUCUACAGGUCUCCUGUGCAUGGAAAAGGAAUGAAUCGUUUAUGGUCACAGGUGGAAGGAUAUAGAGAAGCUGUGCUGUUUCUCUUUUCUGGGAUGUCUGCCGAAGAUCCGUCCAAGACCUGGUUGCUCGCGGCUGUGAUACCCAGCGGCCUUGAAAACAAGAGUAACUUCUAUGGAACUAGCAACUCGUGCUUGAUCUGUUUGGAUCCCGAGUUUAUUGCUCUUCAUCCUACAGGCAAGGAGAAGAACUAUGUCUACAGUCACAAGACUGCUCCUGGUGGUGGCUACAACUCUAGACCGAUGCCAAAUGGAAUUGGCUUUGGUGGAAGCGUGGAAAACGAGCGUAUUUGGAUCAGUGACGACUUCUCCACGGUGACUUUGAGGCAUCACGCUGUGGACAAGACAUACCAAGCUGGAUUUAUUCUUCCUUAUCAGGGAUAUGCUCCACUAUGCUGCCAAGUUUUGGAGGUGGAAGUCUGGGGCCUGGGGAGUAAAACCGCGCAGGAAAGAAUGGCGACAUUCCAGCAACGCGAAAAGCUUUUUGCUGAGCAGCGCAGAAAGGUGGAUUUGAAGGCCUUUGGGAACUGGCAAGACUCUCCGGAGAAAAUGAUGAUGGACAUGGUCUCAAAUCCAAAUAGACCACAACGAGAAGAACGUUAGUUCACUCGGUUGAGGGGGAUUGGAGUCCCAGAACAAGUGGCCACCAUCCGAGCGUCCCUGGGAAACCUUGGACCUUCCUAGAAGGAUGAAAAAGGUUCUUCUGGCUCCCUGGAGAAGGCAAAUGCAAGAAGGUGUCGCUUCAUAAUUCUUUGUUGCUGAGGGAUAUAAUGAACUAUCUUUGACAUCUUUUUAUUGAAGGUGAGUAUUUCACGAUUUACUUAAAAAAUUAGAAUGCUUUGAAAAUAAAAGAACAAAAACAAAAUUAUAAGAACCGAGAUGAUUUAUGCU